AAAAGAACACACGAGUUUUUAAUUAGCCGGUGUAAACAGCUCAGUUAAUUUGAGGCUGUUUCGUCUUGCGAGUUACUGCUGGGGUAAUGGCAGUUGACACCGGACUGUGCUAGCAGGCUAAGGUAGCAACAGUCACCACAUAACGCUUGCUUGAUAGUGUCUUUUUCUAUGUUGGAUGUCCUUUACCUUCUUUGUUUUAAUACAUUUUAAACGCCUUAAGUCGGUAACGGUAACUACAUCAUGAAAAACUGCGAGUAUCAGCAGAUUGACCCGCGGGCGCUCUCGACACCCACACCGACACCUCCGCCUCCUCCGUGCGCAAAGAGAAAAAGCCAGAGACCGCGGAGAAAAUGGGAAGUUUUCCCGGGGAGAAAUCGCUUUUACUGUGAUGGACGCAUCAUCGUCGCACGGCAGAGCGGUGUCCUCCCCCUAACGCUCGGCCUUAUUCUCGUCACCAGUGGCCUGUUCUUCAUAUUCGACUGCCCCUUCCUGGUGGUGCACCUGACCAGCUGCGUCCCGGUGAUCGGAGGGGUGCUCUUCGUCUUCGUGGUGGUCUCCCUCCUGCAGACCAGCUUCACCGACCCCGGCAUCCUGCCCAGGGCCACGCCAGACGAGGCGGCCGACAUCGAGAAGCAGAUCGAUAACUCAGGCUCUUCCACCUACCGCCCCCCGCCGCGCACCAAGGAAGUUGUCAUCAAUGAGCAGGUGGUGAAGCUCAAGUACUGCUUCACCUGCAAGAUAUUUCGCCCCCCGAGGACGUCCCACUGCAGCCUCUGCGACAACUGUGUGGAGCGGUUCGACCAUCACUGCCCCUGGGUAGGAAACUGCGUGGGCAAGCGCAACUACCGUUUCUUCUACACCUUCAUCGUGUCGCUGUCCUUCCUGACGGCCUUCAUCUUUGGCUGCGUGAUCACGCACCUCACCUUGCGUGCCCAGGACGAGAAAGGUCUUGUCUACGCACUACAGGAGAGUCCUGCCAGCGUCUUGGAGCUGGUCGUGUGCUUCUUCUCCAUUUGGUCUAUCCUGGGCCUCUCGGGCUUCCAUACCUACCUUGUUGCCUCCAACCUCACCACCAACGAGGAUAUAAAAGGUUCGUGGUCUGGGAAGAGGGGGGCGGAGGAUUCGGUGAACCCCUACAGCUACAGCAACAUCUUCACCAACUGCUGUGUGGUGCUGUGUGGGCCCAUGCCCCCCAGUUUGAUUGACAGGAGAGGGUUUGUGCCGGAAGAUGGGGACCCCCAGGCGACCCCGCAGGAGUUGGAUCUGCCCCCCUUCGUGGCCAAAAACGACACUAACAUGUUCACGCAGAGCACUAAGGGCUUGUUGGAAGCGGCCGCCCGCUCUCCGAUCCUCCUGGGCCCGUGCUCCCCGGGGAAGCUGAAGACGGCGCCGGCUGGCCCGGACAUCAUCAACAGCAGCCUCCCCUCCCGACCCACUGGGCCCCCUCCUACCGGCUGCGCCGGCCGUCGAGCCCGCCGCCUCUCAGACAAGUCUUGCCCCCAGCGCGGCAGCAAGCGGGCGGCGUUUCACGCCCCCAACCCCGCCUACAACGUGGGCAGCCCACCCGCCUCACCCACCCAUGGCUCACUCUCCCUCGGCGACGCCCCGAACGUGGGCUUCAUCUCUCUGCACUGACUGCACCCUCGCGGCCCAACGUCCCGUCCUCUCGGCGGCCGGUUCGAGGGGGUCGGUGCUGAGCAGCUUGACUGGUCCCCUCAGACCUUAUAUCUGAGGGAGCCUAUAACCACUGAGGUUUCAACAGGACUCGGGACUUAGGGAGAGGCGUUGGGAGAAAAGCAAGUAACGUCCUAAUUCACACCCCUCUGUAACGAAUUCACUCCGCUUUCCUGGUCAUUUGGGAUUUGUGGCUGCAGGUACUGUACUUGUGUGACGCUGUGUGAUCUGUAAAGAAAGUGGUCACCCCUGGGGUACACACAGGAGUGGAAGGACCCAGAGUACCAGCCCUACUGCUCAGGAAGUACAAACCAGUUUUUCUUUCCUGUGAUUUGGUGAAAGGGGGGAACUGGCUAGUGAGGAGGACUAGCCUCAGAAGAUGGAAGUCCUUGUCAGAAGGCCAAAGAAUUAGAUGGGGUGGAAAAAGCUAAGGCCCACCUGCCAGCUGGAACUGGAGUCACCUGUGGGCCAUGCCAAGCAAGAGCGUCAGCCAGCAAGGGGUUACCCACUGAAGCCUCCCUGGGCACCAUGCACACUUUGGGUGGGGGGUUUGGGAUGGAGGAACGUGGCACAGGGGCACAGCCAAAAUGCUAAAAUAAUUUUUUAAAAAAGCAACUGAUAACUGACUUAUUAGCCUGGAACCUAUAAAAAGCACAAAACUUCACGUCAAAGAGUUUAGUUUUUCCAACGUUUUAUCUCUUUAUUUAUUUU